UCUUGGCCGGCAUCACCGUUUUAUAACCCAAAGCUCGACUCUCCGGCUUCUCCAUUCGAUCCGGAGCAAUAUGUCGUUCCUGACGCUGCUCCUCCUCCUCUUCUUCACUUCAGCUCAUGGAGUAACUUUCACGCUCAACAAUUCGUGCUCCUUCACUGUCUGGCCUGGCUGGUUGAAUGGCGAUGGAGAGUCCGUUCUCGAAGGUGGCUACAAGCUCGACCCAUCGCACUCCGUCCAGCUCUCAAUCCCUUCGGGCUGGGGUGGCCGAUUCUGGGGACGAACCGGCUGCCAGUUUGAUAGCAGCAACCGCGGGAGCUGCGAGACCGGAGACUGUGGCAACGGGCUCUACUGCAAAGGCUCCUCCGGCGCCACUCCCGUCACCCUCGUCGAGAUAAAGCUCAAUGGCUUCUCCAGCAAGGAUUUCUACGACGUUUCUCUCGUCGACGGCUACAAUCUCCCAGUGAGGAUGUAUCCGCUCUCUUCCGGAUGCACCAACGUAGGCUGCCACAGCGAUGUCAACGCGGUCUGUCCCCAGGAGCUCCAAGUUCGCAACAGUGGCGGGCAUGUCGUCGCUUGCAAGAGCGCUUGCGAGGCCUUCCAGACGGACGCCUUCUGCUGUAGAGGGAACCAUAGCACUCCCCAGACUUGCUCCCCAACUCUCUACUCGAGGCUCUUCAAGAACGACUGUCCCCAGGCAUAUAGCUACGCUUACGACGAUCUGACCAGCACUUUCACUUGCACUUCUGGUGGCGGAUAUGUCAUCCAGUUUUGUCCGCCUGGAAGCUUUACAAAGUCUCGGCAACACCACGGGAGAGCUCGGGGACACAGAAGAAUCGGGAGCUGAAACAACAACGUAAUUAAGAAAGAAUUUUUCUCUACCGGAAGUUUUAAAUAAAAAUGACAAAUAAAGAGAAGUAAAUCAUCAUCGGUUCCUAUAAA